GAAAACUAUUAGAUAAUUCUGGUCAUUAUGAAGCAAUUUGUAAAACAUGUAAUCGAUUAUUUUCAUCUGGAAAACCUUCACAAAUGGAAAAACAUAUUAUUAGUAAAUAUUCAAAUGUUUCUGAAACAAUAAAAGAAGCAGUUAUAUAUAUUGUUGAGUCUCAUAAUAAAUCUUCUGGAACUAAAUUUUUAAAUGAACAAUUAAGUUUAAAUAAAUAUCUUGAAAAUACAACUAUACCAGAUAAACAUAUUGAAUCAAUAAAUAGAGCACUUAUUAAAGUAUUUACAAGUUCAACAGGAAAAUCUUUAUGGAAUUUUGUUAUUUAUUUAGAUGAUG